AUGGGAAAAACGCAGUCCAAGCUGACAUCGGAGCAGCUCAAUGAGCUUCAAAACAUUACAUACUUCGAUCGCAAGGAACUGCAGCAAUGGUAUAAAGGGUUCAUGAACGACUGUCCGCCGGGCGUGCUGGACAAGGCUGAGUUCUCUCGGAUGUACAAGCAAUUUUUCCCCUUUGGAGAUCCAGCACCACUUGCUGAAUACGUUUUCAACGUAUUCGAUGAGAACAAAAAUGGAUACAUUGACUUUAAGGAGUUCAUAUGUGCUUUAAGUGUGACGGGCCGUGGUCGUCUAGACGAAAAACUCCGCUGGGCGUUCAAGCUGUACGACAUCAAUGACGAUGGCACGAUCACGUACAAUGAGAUGCUGACUAUCGUGCGCGCUAUCUACAAGAUGACAGGACAGAUGGUCAAGCUGCCUGAGGAUGAAGAUACACCCGAAAAGCGCGUGAACAAAAUUUUUGCCCUCAUGGACCUCGAUAAGAAUGCCGAAUUGUCUUUUGAGGAAUUUAAAGAGGGAUCCAAGCAAGAUCCCUCUAUUGUACAGGCCCUCUCCCUCUACGACGGACUCGUUUAG